GGCCCCAAGAUUACCACCCACUACACGGUGGUGCCCCGAGAGACUGACCCGCGAUGGAAGGACAUUGACAUGGAGCGCUCCGCCGAUGAAACUGACGUUGUCAUUGUCGGCGGCGGCCCGGCCGGCCUCAGUGCCGCCAUUCAACUGCGAAAGCUUGCGCUGGCCCAUGAAAAGGACCUCAAGGUGACGCUGGUGGAAAAGGCGAGUGCCAUUGGAAUGCACACCCUGUCGGGCGCCUGCAUCGAGACCCGGGCGUUGGAUGAGCUCAUUCCCGACUGGAAGGAAAAGGGCGCACCGCUAAACACGCCAGUCACCGACGACAAGUUUGCCUACCUCACCGGCAGCGGCCGAAUUCCCAUUCCCAUCUUUAAGGGAAUGCCGCUCUACAAUCACGGCAAUUACGUCGUCCGACUGGGCCACCUGGUCGAGUGGCUGGGCAGCCAGGCAGAAGAGCUGGGCGUAGAGAUUUACCCGGGCUAUGCCGCCGCCGAAGUGCUCUAUGAGGGCGACAAGGUGUGCGGCAUAGCGACCAAUGACGUGGGCAUUGCCAAGGACGGCUCGCCCAAGGACUCGUUUGAGAGGGGCAUGGAGCUGCGCGCCAAGUGCACCAUCUUUUCCGAGGGCUGUCACGGGCACCUCGCCAAGCAGCUGUACCAGCGCUUCAACCUCCGCGAGCACUGCCAGCCGCAGACGUACGGCAUUGGCCUGAAGGAGCUCUGGGAGAUUGAUCCGGCACUGCACAAGCCGGGUACCGUCGAGCACACCAUUGGCUGGCCGCUGCCCUUUGACACCUACGGCGGCUCCUUUCUCUACCACCUCGCCGGCGACGUGCCCACCAUUGCUGUGGGCUUUGUCGUCGGCCUCGACUAUGAGAAUCCCUACCUCUCGCCUUUCAAGACCUUUCAGCAGUUUAAGCUGCACCCCUCUGUGAGGCGGUACUUUGAGACGGGCAAGCGCAUUUCGUACGGCGCCCGGGCGCUCAACGAGGGCGGCCUCCAGUCGAUUCCCAAACUCACCUUUCCCGGCGGCUGCCUCAUUGGCUGCAGUCCGGGCUUUCUCAACACACCCAAAAUCAAGGGCACCCACAAUGCAAUGAAGAGCGGCAUUGUCGCCGCCGAGGCCAUCUUUGACGCUUUUAACGCCGACAAGCUCGACUAUGGCUUUGAGCCGGUCGAGUACGAGACGGCGCUCAAGAGCAGCUGGGUCUGGAAGGAGCUCAAGGAUGCGAGAAAUGUGCGGCCUGCUUUCAACACCAAACUGGGACUCUUUGGCGGCAUUGCCUACACCGGCGCCUUUUACCUCGCCCUGCGCGGUCUGGAGCCGUGGACGCUAAAGCACGGCGGCCCUGACCACGCUCACCUCAAGCCAGCUGCCCAGUGCAAGCCAAUUGAGUACCCCAAGCCGGACGGGCAAAUCACCUUUGACCUGCUCUCUUCGGUGGCGCUCACCAACACAAACCACGAGGCGGACCAGCCGGCGCACCUCACCCUCAAGAAUGACGACGUCCCGGUGGAGCGCAACCUAAAGGUCUUUGACGGUCCCGAGGGGCGCUUUUGUCCGGCCGGCGUCUACGAGUUUGUGCCCACCGAGACGGGCGACAGUCGACUGCAGAUUAACGCUCAAAACUGUAUUCACUGCAAGACUUGUGAUAUCAAGGAUCCCUCGCAGAAUAUCAACUGGGUCACGCCGGAAGGAAGCGGUGGACCAGCCUACUCGGGCAUGUAA